AUGAUGAACCUCAAAACGGCCACCGGUGACUCAAAGUCAAUCCAAUCCGGUCUACGACCGACAGUAGAGGGGGAAAAUAUCGGUACCAAAACCAGUGGACUUACAGAGAUCUGGCACAGAGUAUCAUCUAUUCUCGGUGUUGAGCUUCAGGGUAGCGACCCCGCCCCUGUUGAGCACAAGACCGACCGUCGAUACUUGAAGUUGUUUACUCUCUGGUUUUCCAUGAACUUCAAUCUCAUCUCGAUAUCUACUGGGAUGUCUGGCACCAUCUCCUUUGGCCUCGGAUUUCGAGACGCGGCCCUCGUCAUUGUCUUUUUCGGACUCCUCACAAGUUUCUCCGCUCCAUUCAUGUGUAUCUUCGGAGCCAGGCUUGGCCUACGGCAGAUGAUUCAUGCUCGAUAUGCCUUUGGAAUCUACGGAAGCGCGAUCCCUCUGGUUUUGAACAUGUGUACCCUCGCUGGAUACGGAAUCCUCGGCUCUAUCCUUGGCGGUCAGACCCUAUCAGCCAUCAACAAAGAUGCUCUCUCCAUCGACGGCGGAAUCGUCAUAAUAGCCUUGAUCAACUUGGUUCUCAUCUUCCUCGGCGCAAAGUGGAUCCACCGCUUUGAUCUCUUUGCAUGGAUUCCAACUCUGAUUGCAAUCAUAGUGGCUGUUGGAUGCGGUGGCAAGCACAUGCACAAGCAGGUCGACGCUCCGGGGGCAUCGGUCACGGCCGUCUUCUCGUUUGCAGCAGUUAUUGCAGGAUUCUUCCUUCCGUGGUCGGCGAUCGCAAGUGACUUUACUACGUACUAUGAUGCUCGUUCUAAGAAGAGAGCAAUCUUUGUCCCAUCAUACAUUGGGCUCUCCAUGAGCAGCAUCCCCCUCAUGAUCUUGGGUGCCGCCAUUGGCGGCGCAAUUGCGAACGUGCCCUCCUGGCAAGAUGGAUACGAUCGGGGCAGUGUCGGAGGUGUUCUCGCCGCCAUGCUUGAAUCGACGGGUCGCUUUGGCAAGUUCUUACUCGUGCUUCUUGCUCUGAGCCCUCUUGGAAAUGUAGCUGGAUCUGUUUACGCCCUCUCUCUCAAUUUCCAGGCCCUGCUCUACCUCGCGCGGAUCCGAAUUCCCCGCGUUGUCUACACUUUGAUAAUCACUGCGGUCAUCAUCCCCAUUGCGAUCAAGGUCGCUGCAGAGUUCAUGGACUCUCUCAGCAACUUUCUGGGAAUCAUUGGGUACUGGCCUUCAUCUUUCGUUGCCAUCAUCGUCUUGGAGCAUUUCGUUUUCAGGAAAGGAUUGGUCGCGAACUACAAUGUGGAGGACUGGAACAAUCGCAAGGCUCUCCCGGCUGGUGUUGCAGCACUUGGGGCUGCCUUUUUGAGUUUUGGUUUGGUAAUCCCAUGCAUGGCCCAAGUCUGGUUCGUAGGGCCAAUUGCGCAGCAUACGGGCGACCUUGGCUUCGAGAUUGCCCUGGUUUUCACUGGCAUUCUUUUCAUAUCCUCAGAAGAUUCCCACGGCCUGCUCAAAGCCAUCAACUGGCCCUUUCCAGAUUCCGAUUACCAGACGUAUGAUCACUCGCAACUAGGCCCAACUGUUCCGCCUUUUUGA